AUGGCGACAGCCGGAGUAAGACUGCUCGAGCCAACCAAGCAAAAUGCACUGCUAAGUGAGAUCUGCUCGUAUGCCCAGAAGCAUACCGAAUUUUCCUUACCAGACUGCAAUUUACAUAUCCAGGUUAUUCCAGGAGAAACGGAAGGACUCUAUGGUUGGAUCGCUGCCAAUUACCUGUUAAAAGGUUUCCAAUCACCUAAUCCCACGGCAAUUACAAAGCCCCACACAUAUGGAUUUCUAGACAUGGGGGGGGCAUCAGCUCAAUUAGCUUUCGCGCCCAAUGCCACCGAGACUGAAAAGCACGCAAAUGACCUUAAGUUGGUUCGGAUGCGAACUCUCAAUGGUGAUACAAUCGAAUACAAAGUGUUCACCACUACUUGGCUAGGCUUUGGAGUUAACCAGGCGAGAGAACGAUAUGUUUCAUCACUGAUGGAUGCAUCAUACACAAAGGAUCCCCAUGAACUCUUAGAUCCUUGUCUACCAUCGGGAUUAAAAACUACAAUGGAUGGUAAACUACCUGAUGACAAUUAUCACGGCACCCUACUUUUGGGCACCGGAUUAUUUGAUGAAUGCCUUCGAAAGACUUACCCUCUACUCGACAAGGACGCUCCAUGUACUGACCAGCCAUGCUUACUUCAUGGACAACACGUACCGGAAAUCGAUUGGAAUAUUAAUCAUUUUGUGGGUGUCUCCGAAUACUGGUAUACAACCCACGAAGUAUUUGCGUCAAUUUUUAAAGACAAGAAAUACGACUUAAUGACAUACAAGAAGAGAGUCAAAGAUUUUUGUAGCGAAGAAUGGCAUGAUAUACAUCAAAAUGUCAAGGCAAAUAAAUGGGGGAAAAAUGUAGACUCCAAAGUAGCCCAGCAGAUUUGCUUCAAAGCUUCUUGGCUCAUAAGCGUUCUACAUGAUGGUAUCGGUGUGCCUCGAACUGCAGCAGAAAAACCUGUCAGGGCCUCAAAUAGUACCAAGGAUAUUGUCAGUCAAGCUAAGCCCCGUAUAUCUCUAGAUUCCUUCCAGGCUAUUAACGAGGUGGGAAAUAUGGAAGUCUCUUGGACCCUGGGCAAGAUGGUCUUAUAUGCCGCUGGCCAAAUCCCACCCUCUGACAAAAGAGCGCUUCCUGUCGGUUUUGGUCCCAACCUCGGAAGUCCUGAAGCAUUCCAAGAAGCCGGAUCAAAUAUAUACCCCAUUCUUGCCAGUAGCGAAGAAGAUUCAUGGACAGAAGCUGCUGAAGAGUUAGCUGAGCAAGCUCAGUUUCGAUUCACGCCUGGCUUCUUAUUCUUCUUACUACUAAUCAGCUUUUUUGGAUACAUAUUUAGAAAACAAGAUCGAAGAACGCGUCUCUAUCGCUUUCUACAUCGGAAUAGGCGAUAUGCCUCCACUAGAAAAAACGGUCGUGGAUUUCUGUACUACGGUUGCAAAUAUUUUGGGUCCCGAGGCCCUAUUGGCUAUGCGAAGGUUCUGGAUGACGAUGAAAAUGCAGCUCAGUUUGAAUUGGGGGAAAAUGAAAGUGACGAAAAUGAAAAAUCUGAUUCUAGUGGACGAAGUCAAAUUGGCCGCACAUCAGGACUGGCAGCACCAAAAGUAAUAGGCGUGACCAUAGACUCUUCAAAUCCAUACUUUGAAGGAGGUGGAGUCAGUUCGGGAGACAGUUUGGGGUUGGGUAUAAAAUCUACAGUAAAUGCCAAUGCUUUUCAUCGAGCCGGCCUAGCUGUCCGAGCUGAGAGUCGAGAGCGCUCAAACUUGACAGUUCCAAACAAUAGCAGUCGGCAGGCUGUAGGAGCUGGUAGGAGAAGUCGCACCGGAAGCCCAACCAGAGGAAAGAUUCCAACCCUGCACCCUUUGGAGGAAGAUUAA